GUCCACCUAGGCUGAGUGACACAAACAGUGGACUGACUGCCUGUGCUUGCCUGUUGAUGGCAGAUGCGUAUUCCCUUUGGAGUUGAGGGUUGAAAAAAAAGCCUCCCAAAGCAGAUUCGAAAAAGAGGGAGUGACAACAUUUAUCAGUAUCGACAUUCCUCUUGAAACAAGCUUCUUCCAUCCUGGGUUCUUUUUUUCUUCCUCCACCUUCUCUGGUACUUGCGCAGGAUCCUACCUCCCCAGGUACGUACGGCUGGGUUCAGCCACUCAGAACUUCUGCCAUGCCAGCGCGAACACUAUUCGAAGCUGAGGCCAACGCCGAGUCCUCACGGAAACGUCAACGGCCGGCGCCCACGAGCGAUGACAGCGAGGCAGAAAUUGCCGCGCGCCCAAAUGCCAACCAGGCUAAAAGAGCCCGUGUAGAUACCGCUCGCCACGCGACUCCAGUCGAUGACGACGACGUUGAUGUCGACGAUGAACGAGGUCAUGCAGGAUCACCGCACUCGCCCCCCAAAACACAAUAUGAGUUGAUGCGUGACAAUAACUUUGAGCAUCUGCAACAUCAGGAUGCCGACGACCAACGAGCCACUCAGAGACUGCGCUUCAAACCUAAUCAGUUGGGCGACAACGCGGUGGCCGAUAAUGGCAUUUUGGAAAGCAUCACGUGCAUCAACUUCAUGUGUCACACUCGACUACACUGUGAACUCGGCCCGCUUCUCAAUUUCAUAGUGGGUGAAAACGGAAGUGGAAAGAGCGCCAUCUUGACCGCUAUCACUCUUUGUCUUGGUGGCAAGGCCAGCUCAACCAACCGCGGAGGAAGUCUCAAGAGUUUCGUCAAGGAGGGCACCGAAAAGGCUGUUCUGAUCGUCAAAAUCAAGAACCAGGGCCAAGAUGCCUAUAGACAUGAGCUUUACGGGGAUUCCAUCAUCGUCGAACGGCACUUUUCCAAAUCCGGCAGCAGCAGCUUCAAGGUCAAGACGGCCACUGGCCAAAUAGUGUCUACCAAGAAGCAGGAAGUCGAGGAGAUCGUCGAAUACUACGCCCUCCAGGUGGAUAACCCCUUGAACGUGCUGUCUCAGGACAAUGCCCGUCAGUUCCUCAACUCGUCAACCAAGCAGCAAAAGUACAAGUUCUUCAUCGAAGGUGUACAGCUGCAACAGUUGGACAAUGACUACAGGCUAAUCGCCGAGAGUCUGGAGCUCAUGGAAUCCAAAAUUCCCGACCAAGAGGAGCGGGUCAAAGCAGCCGCGGAGGAACUCAAACGAGCAAAAAGCUUCAAGGACGCCAUGGACGGAAAUCGCAAGCUGAGAGCCAAACAACAUCAGCUUCGAAGCCAGAUGUGUUGGCUCCAAGUGGUUCAAGAAGAGGCCAAGCUGACAAAAUUGGACGAGAAGAUUGCCCAACUUGCGGAUCAAAUGGCUGAAGUAGACCGUCAGAGAAAUGAAAAGGGCGUCGAUUUGGAGCGCGUCGAGAAUCAGAUCAGGGCCUUUCAGCAGAGACUGGAAGAGGCUAUCCAGCGAAAAACCGAAUUCGAAGAGCAGGUGGACGAGGGGAGGAAGAAAGCUCAAGCAAUCAGGGACGAACUUGCACAAAUCCAAGCAGAUGAACGGGCAGCCCACCAAAACUUGAGAAGUGCAGCCACGACAGUAAAGGACUUCGAAGAAAAGGUUGCGGCCGAAGAAAAGCGACUUGAGGAAGCCACAGGAGAGGCCCUUCUUUCCAAAACUCGGGAGCUUGAAAAGGCAAAGGAGUACGUCACAGAGGUCGAGGCCAAGAUUUCCAAGGCCAAAGAGGACGAGAAAGACCUACUCAACAAGCGAGACGAAGCCCAGAAAGCCCGAGAUGCUAAGGCUGUUGAAUGCUCUCUCAAGCGGGACGAAAUUACCGUAGCGGAACAGGAGUUGAGGACCUCCGAAAAGGAUCAAGGCUCUAUCUAUGCAGCUUAUGAGCCCAAACUUCCUGAACUGCUGAAGAUGAUUGAGAAAGAGACCAGAUUCCAGAAGAAGCCGGUGGGGCCGCUUGGCGCCCACAUCCAGCUGCUGAAGCCGGAGUGGUCUUUGAUCCUGGAAAAGACGUUUGGAACCGCCCUUAAUGCAUUCAUCGUCCAGAGCAUGGCCGAACAAAAAUUGCUUCAGGGCUUGAUGAACAAGCUCAACAUCCGCCAGUGUCCGGUUUUUAUCGGCAAUCGACAUCCCCUAAACACAGAUGGCAAAGAGCCUGAUCCUUCCUUUGACACCAUUCUCCGUGUGUUGAAGAUCGACAACAUGAUGGUGCGCGAUCAGUUGAUCAUCAACCACAUGAUUGAGCAGGUCAUACUGAUACCACAGCGUACCAAGGCUGAGGACAUCAUGUUCAGCGGAGCACGACCUCGAAACGUCAAGGCUUGUCUAAGUUUCCAUGAUAAAAAGAGAGACGAAGGUCUUCGACUGGUUGUCAACAACAGCGGAGGAAUGUCGACUUCUCCUGUGCCGCCCCUCCGUAACCAGCGCCCACGGAUGAAGGCGGAUAUCGGCUCGCGGCUUGCUUAUCAAAAGGAGACCCUGCGGCAGCUGGAGCUAGAGUACUCUGUACUUGAUCGUGAACAUCGUCAACUGCAGCAAGAGGUCCAGAAGAUCAUCAGCGACCUCACCAAGCUCCAGAGAGACAAGAAAACCCUUGACAGCGAAUUACGGCAUGCUAGAGUUCAAGUCGAGCAAGUGCAGUAUCGACUUGAUGAGUAUGAAGGCGGUGAUUCUCGCCUUACAGGCUUGAAGGCUGAAUUGGCUGCUGCCAAGGAGAAAGAGGAGGCUUGCGGGCUUCAGUACGGCAACCUUCGGAUAAGGAAGGAUGAGAAGAACCAGGCAUCUACAGAAGCCCAGGCUCAGCUCACGGAAAUCAGGAAGGAAUCGGAGAAAUAUGAAAGGGAGGUGAAAAAACUGCAGGAGAAGAAGGCUAGGCUGGAAGAUGUUCGGAAGAUUAAUCUCACCGAGGUUAAUGAAGCUCAUGCCUCUUUCGAGAUAUUCAAGGGGGACAAGGAGGAGGCCGAGAAGGAACGUGAAAAAGGUGCCGAAGACGUCGCCACUUUUACAAAACAGAUCAUUGAAGCAUUAGGGAGUGAAGAACGAGCCCAUGUCAACCCAACCGACAAGUACGAGGAGCUGGAAAAGCAGUAUCAAAGCAUUCAGAACCAACUCGAGAAAGAGCGACGGAAGAGGGGCAUGACCGACGAGGAAGUUUAUGCGAACCUCACGAGGGCGAAAGAGACGUACGAUGAUGCCAAGAGAUCUCUUGAAGGCAUCAAGACGGUCAACUCUCGUCUCCGUCGGACGCUGACCAUUCGCCUCGAGAAGUGGCGCAAGUUUCAGCGGUACAUUUCAUCACAGAGCCGGGCGAACUUCAUCUAUCUUCUCAGCGAGCGUGGCUUCAGAGGCAAGUUGCUGCUGGACCACGAGCGGAAGGCUCUGGACCUAGUCGUCGAGCCUGACAAGACCGAGAAGAGGGCAGCGGGGAGAAACACGAAGACACUAUCUGGCGGCGAAAAGUCUUUUUCAUCAAUCUGUCUGCUGCUGAGUAUCUGGGAGGCCAUGGGAAGCCCGCUCAGAUGCUUGGAUGAGUUCGACGUGUUCAUGGACAAUGUCAACCGUGCAAUCAGCACGAACAUGCUGAUUACUGCUGCUCGUCGGUCCGUAAAUCGGCAGUACAUAUUCAUCACACCGAAUGCCAUCGAGGGGCGGAACACUCUUGACAAGGACGUCAAGAUUAUUCGACUGACGGAUCCUCGGCAGAGGACGUUGGCCGACUACUGAAACUGAGUACUCUUUGCCUUCAUUUCGUUUCUGUUUUUGAGUUUUGAUCUCCGUGGGUGUGUAUCUGAACAACUUCUGUCGAGAUAUAGACAAGCGUCAAAGCGGCGCAGAGUGGUGUUGGCGUUUUGUAUGGACUGGUUGGAAUGUCACUGCGCGUUUGCAAUUUGUGUUUUUAUAGCGUACCCAUUUUCUUUUUGUCUGUGGCAGACAUGUUGGGGGGCACAUUAAAGCAGAUGCUUAACCCUGCGUACCUGGAGUGUACAAAUGUUGUACAAUCUCUGCAUGGGACGUCACCUUACAAUGAAAUAUUCUACCCGGGA